CUAACGCGUUACCUACAAUUUUUAUACACAAUCAAAUUCAGAUCCACCGACUCCAAACCCUCUUCAAUACCUUAAACCAAGAAAUCCAUACGUCUACAACCAAAAUCAUCUCUCCAGAUCUUCGGCAUCAAAUUCUCCCUCUAAAUCUCCGGCUACAAUGGCUUCAUCACCGGCGAUUCUUCCCAUCUCAAACCAACAGACCAUUUCCACCGGUGAAUCCCAGGCGCCCGUUUCCACCCCUGCAGUCCGUGCUUUUAUCAACACCGUCACCGAAAACGUCCGAUCUGGACUCUCCAGUCGCCGUCCAUGGUCUGAACUCGUCGACCGCUCAGCGUUCUCCAAACCUGAUUCCAUAACCGACGCCGCUGGCCGGAUCCGAAAGAACUAUUCAUACUUCCGCGUUAACUAUAUCACCAUCAUCGCCGCUGUCCUCGGGUUCUCGCUCCUCACAAAUCCUUUCUCUCUGAUCAUCCUCGUCGGCCUCCUCGCCGCCUGGCUCUUCCUCUACCUCUUCCGUCCCUCCGAUCCGCCGUUGGUGAUCUUCGGCCGUACAUUCUCCGAGCGUGAAACCCUAGGCCUGUUGAUUAUCUCGAGCAUCGUCGUGAUCUUUCUCACAAGUGUCGGAUCUGUACUGAUCUCCGCGUUGCUUCUUGGAACGGCGGUUGUUUCUGCUCAUGGUGCUUUCAGGACUCCAGAAGAUCUAUUCCUUGAUGAACAAGAGCCUGGUGCUUCCACCGGAUUUCUCUCGUUCCUAAGCGGCGCCGCCUCCAGUGCGGCCGUUUCUGCCGCGCCAGUGGUUGCUGCUGCUCGUGUCUGAGUCGAUCCCUAAAUCGGUUUGAUCCAAACUAUGCUUUGUUUUGUCAAUUUGAAAAGAUUAACUGUAUUAUGAUCGAUUGUUAGAUUGUGCAGCACUGAGUCAUCGUUCAUAAAAUUUGUGUCUAGUUGAUUACCAAUUCGGUUUAUAUUUUUGAUGUGUAUUUUACUUACUUUUGUUAUAAACAUGAUAUUUUGAUCUACAUUUUCAAUCUUUGUCA